AUAUCAAGAUGUUGGAAAUAACUUUACUGUUCCUAUUCUUCAUCCUACUUUCCAGGGUUUCGUUCGUUCUGGUUUGAGUUUUCUGAUUUCUCGUGAUCUGCUUAACAAACAAAGAAUGACCACCGCUUUCGCUCGCUUGUUCUCCUCUGUAUCUAACCCUGUUCUUCACCACACCAGAUCCGACCACCUGACUCGCUCUGUUUCCAACUCAGUGACGCGGUUCUUCUGCUCCCCCUCGACUCAGCAGCACCACCACCACGAAAACCCAAUUAGGGAACAAGCACAGUCUCCUGGAGAAUCUCUCAAUGAUGAGAGCAAACGAAGCAAAGAGGAAGAAGAAGAAGACGAAGAUGGCGACGACGUGAACAAAGAAACGGGUGAAAUCGGUGGGCCCAAAGGGCCUGAGCCCACAAGGUAAGGAUGCUGCAGGAGCCUCUGGGGGCCUGUGACCAACAUUCUCUUGUGUUGAUUCAAAUUGUCCUAACUUGGGCUACAGUGCUCCGAUUUGAGCGCGGUUUGAAGCCACGCAUAGCUAAUGAAGAAACCUACAAUAUAGUAGAAGUUGUGAAUUAAAUAAGAAGUAAAUUAAUGGUUUAAAAAUGGAAAAUGAACAUGAUGUUAAGCUUAAUUUAUCUAUUUCCGCAAGGUAAUAUGGUUAUGAUCACGAAAUUGGGUAUUAUAAGUUCGGUAUGUUUUAAAAUGAAAAAUUUAUCCGGAUUUUAAUUGAACCCAUGUAAUUGUAACUGCGCUUAAUAUCAUAAUGCGAUGUUAACAAACCGGUUCUAGAACGAGGUGUUACAUAAUCGAAUCAUGGUUAAAUAUUUAUCUAAUGAAGGAAAAGUUAUGAUUCCACUCUCCUUAUUUGAUCGAAGGUAUUUGAUACAAUUAUCAUUGAUGAGCCUCAAACGUAAUCGUGUGGAAAAAAUUUGAAUAUUUUUUUUUAUUAUUAUUAUAAAUUUUGUGUGGAAGCCUUAUGUGCUAAUAUUCUAUAAGUUUCUGCAUUGCUUUUGGGAGUAGGAUUUCAAAUACAGUAGUUGUUGUUCUUCCUAAUAUAACGAGUCAGAUGUUUUGGUGUGGCGCAUGUUUUCCCUUCGAGCGCGGAACAUGGAAGAGGUGCAACAUUUGGUUGGGUUUUCUCAUGAUCUUGAUUGUACGAUAAUGGUCACAGUUACUACUCGACACCAUCUUUGCUUUCUUAUGGUGUAUUAGCAGGAGGUUUGUUUGGGCAACAUGAUGUUUGAGAAUGUCUC